UUCAGAAUACCAGAAAAAAAAAUUGAAAAAAAAAAGUUUGGACUCAAUUCCUCUACUUGUUGAAUAUUAAAGGCCCAAGAACAACAAUCAACUGGGGCCUGCACACCAUGAUCGAUACACAAUAUAUCAAAAUAGAUCCAUGCUGAUCCAGAAUAUCAACCGAACAGACACAGGAAUCUAUGCCUUCCAUGCUGUAUGGAGGAACUUUAUAAUAAAUACAACCAUGAAGCUCCAAGUAUCCUAUGGCCCAGAUGUUCCUAGCAUUUCCCCCUCAUACUCCUACUACUGUGCAGGACAAACAAUCAUACUGUCCUGUCAUGCAGACUCUAAUCCACCUGCUAAGUAUUCUUGGAAGAUAAAUAGGAGACCCCCGAUAUUCAGCAAGGAGCUUUUUAGUCCCAGCGCUUCUGUGAGUAACAGUGGAUUCUAUAUCUGCCAUGUCUACAACUUGGUCACUAACCUCUACAGCUAUACAGUCAAGAUUAUCACAGUGUAUGGUUUUUAUGGCACAUGAGUAUCCAGCCUGGAGUAUGUGGAGGGGAGUUUCUCCCAGCAUA